CAAACUUCUCAAGAGAAAGAAGUCUGAAACAGAGCUGCAGGGAGUGACUGGAGAAUGGUUUGAAGAAAUACAAAGAAAAAAAUUUCAGAAUGAAACUGAUGUCAACAGAAUGCUAAAAACACCAUUAGAGCAUCAGCUAAGGAAGAACAAAACCAUCAAUCAUAAAGAAUUAAAAAUGUCAUCCUGCACAAAUCCUCAAGUACAAAAGAACACGCCAGCUUCCUUUCUGGGGUUCAGAUCACCUUUUGCAUGGCUUUUCUCCUUUAGAAAAUCGAGGAAAAACCAAACUCAGAAGCAACCACGAUAUGACAAUUCUGCUAGCCCCACUUCGAAAGUGGAAGAAAUGGCAACGGCUGAAACGUGCAAUUCUGCAAUGUCAGCUGAAAGAAGUGGUCUUUCUUUUGAUGCAAACCAAAAUGAUAUGAUGGAGAAAAGUACACAGGAAUGGAAUGAACAGCUAGAGAAGGAGUUUUUCAGUGUUCUAAAUGAUCUGGAUGACCAGCUGGCCCAGGAACAAGCCCAAGAGCCGGUGGACAGGACAAUUUCUACUAGCAGUGCAUCAGAUGUCCAAUGCAGUGGUGCUUUUCCUACUUCAAAGAGGCAGCCUGCUGGUAGGGGGCAACACAGGAAUGACUGGAGCGACGUGCCUAGCACAUUUUUCCCAGAGGGGCUGAGAACAAUAAGAGCCAAAGAUGAACACAGUGUCUUCAUCAGACCAAGGAAAUUACACAGUGCAUAUAUGAACUGGCAGCAGACAGCCUUUCCAGAAGAUUACAGGUAUGGUGAUCCAGUUGAUGGAAAUCCUCAUCUGCUAAGCAGCAGGCUGUCUUCCACUUCUUUCGGACGGUCUUCAGAAGGUAGCUUAUAUCCUCCUUCCAUAACACGGAACAGUGGCUUUAGGCACAAGUGUUGUAUGAACAGGGAUUCAGCUGGCAGAAGUUACUCUGUAUGUUCCCUUCAGAGAUGUCCAUCAUCAGUAUCUUCUGACCAGCUGUUGGCAUCUAGUUCACAGCAUCCAUUGGCACAGGAGAGCAACAAUGGUUUUCUACCAAGGUUUGGUCGACAGAACCCAAAAAGAAUUCCUCUGUCUUCUAUUGUAUGGAACAACACACCAGACUCUCCUAGACAAACAUCAACUCCAGAAAAAAUGUUUAGAACCCAGUCACUGAUGGAGUUUCACGCUACAGACCAUGGUAGAUAUUCUAGUUCUUUGCGAGAAACCAAGAAAUACACAAGCUACCACUCAAAACACCACUACAGAAGAUCUAUUUCAAGCAGUAGUUGCCUUAGCAGAGUUAGUUGCCCCGACAAAGCUACUUCUCCAUUGCCCUUUGAUAACUGGGAAAAUUAUCCGUUGUACAAAUCGGAAAAUAAUCUCUCCAGAUCCUACUACAAAGAUACUUCUUCUCAUAGCAAGUUGUAUGCAAACCAGAAAAACACUCCUUAUGGAAAAAAGGACAGUUAUCCUUCUUGGGCUGAUAUUCCUCAGUAUUACAAUGAUGAGGUGUUUAUUUCUCCUGAUGCCAGCUUUGAAGUGCUUAUGGCUAAUUUAAAUGACCAGCAGUGGGCACAUACAAAGAAUGCCAAGUUUGGUUCACAGCGCCUGCAGAAUGAUUUUCACAUGUAUUCUCCAGAAAAUACAAAUAUCAAGAGGAUAACAAGAAGUGCAAGCAGAACUUUUUCAGAAUUCACUGAGGGCUGUCGGCCUUGGCGAAGUUCUAACUCUUCAGUGUCUUCAUUGAGUGUCAGAAGUGAUGAGUCAGUCUUUUCUAAUUUGAAGGACCAAACAAAAGGACUGGAGAGAAGUUCAGUCGUUUCUGCCAAAAGAAGUGCUAAGGCAGAAUUUACACAAAUAGAAAAGGUCGAAGGUACGAAACUCUCAGAUGAGGACAUACUGUUACAGUCAGCGGCUCGGCAAGCAGAUAGAAACCACAUCAACACCCGGAGUUUUCCCUUCAACAGCCCUGCUUCUGCCACCUUGCAAAGUGAUGCCUCUCUCUUUAACACAGUAAGAUUAAAGAGACAAACCCAGGUCACUGCCAGAGGAGAUACUGCAAGAAUGUAUACAUCAAAUGGUGAUAAAAGAAAUACACACAUGAAGGAAAACAGUUGCCCACUCAACGGUGUGUUCAGUCAGCCUUCCUGCAUUUUGCCAGCUGAUGAGAGCAGGAGGGAACCUUUUCUUCCAUGUCAGAAAGAAUGGGAACAUAAUCUGCAUUAUGCAGCAAAAAGAGAGGCCAUCAAACAGGGCAGCUGGAGUGCAGAAGCCAUUAACCAAGCUACUCCAAAGAGACUGUCCUCAGUGCUGAAUAUUGCUUCUGCUCCAUCCACUGAAAAAUUAGCAAACUGCCAAGGCAUGUUGCCUCAUCCUCCUGAAUGUUCAUCUAGCUCCUCACAAAGCUCUUCACAAACACUUUCUCAUAAAGACAGUUUGAAAUGUUCUAAAGUAAAUUGCACAGUUAUUGAAUCACAAGCAGUAGGUGGAAAAACAGCUCAAGUGAGCAGAAUAGGUGUUACCAAAAAAAAUUCACAGAAAACACUGCAAAAUACAAGCACUUUAGUUAAUAAUGACUGCAAUGGACAAUUCACUACUAGUUCUCCACAAAAUGGAAAUUCUGAAAAUAUUUAUAUGCAUAGCUUUGAUGGAGACUCCAAGAUCUUUGAACGUAGUCUAAGUUACUUUUGCCUUGAAAAUGAAGGUGGAACAAUAGCGAGUAGUUCACCUUGUAUUAAAAGGCUCCACAAGCAGGAUGGCUUGCUGAGACAUACCAGUAGCUGCAGUGUUGCUGGCUCCCCUGGCAGAAACAGCCUCACAUCUCCUGACCCACUUGUUAUUUAUUACACCUUGCCUAGAAAAUCGGCCAGCAUUGCUGGUAGUGUUAUGUCAGAUACGCCCAUCUCUUUGCCUAGAGAAAGCAGAACAACAUGCAGUUGUUUAAGGUCUGAAACACCAUGCAGGGCUGAUGGCUUUUGUUCUGAUCAAAGAGAUGUGUCUUGUUUAAACUCAAAACAUUCCUUCUUAACAUCAGCAGCAUUAAAUGCUGCCACAAGUAACAAAGAAAAAGAUUACCCCAGUCCUUUAGCAGGAAGUCCCAGUGACUCAGGAAGUAGUAGUACCUCAGCUGAACUGACAGACAGAUGUAAACAUCUAAGCAGAAGAGAAUCCUCUGUGGUUUCAGAUUGUAAGGAGAGGGGAAAUUUUUUGCAGAAAUAUAAAACUACAAGCACAUUUACAGUUUGUGUUGAUGAAGAUCAUGUCAAGUAUCAUGAACUAAUUUCAGUUUAUUACACAUUACCACGGAGGCAUUCCAGAACAUUUUGUAGCCUCUUCAGAGAUAAUCCAGAGGAUGCAGAUGUACCUUGUCCCAAGGAAAAUGCUCAGUCACCAAGAAUACAAAACAAGAAAAAUGAAGGUCACGUUAGUUUAGCAAAUGUGUUUUUCCCCAGUAGUUUGGAAAAAGAGGUCCCUCCAUAUUCUUGUGACAAAGUAUCUUCAGCUCUGGUGACACCUCAGAACUUAGGAACUACUGAUACUACUGAAGAAGAGAAUUCCCACUUAUCUCCUAGCUCUGAGAAUAUACAUACUUCAAAGUCAAUGAGUAUGGUUCGUAGCAGGAAAGAUAGUUCAGCAGAUCUUUCAUUAGCAGAAAAUGUGCUUUCUGACACAGUGACAAAAGAAAUUUCCUUUGGUGGUCCACAGUCCACUGCAGUAGUGGCUAAGUCAGGUAAGGCCAUUUCUGAUGCUUCAAGCAGCUCAAAUACAGAAAUAUGUCUAAAAGAAAGGAAGGAAAUUUUACAAACGUCCACACCGGUACUGUCCACUUUAUCAAGCCCUCCCAAGCCAGGCAGAUGUUUAGAGAAUCCUUUGUAUUCUACUUCAACAAACAAAAAUACUAUACAGAAGGGAAAUUCUGAAAACUGCUGUCAGCCCCCUACAGUGAACACCAGUAAAAAUCUGAACAGUUUACUAGUCCAUGCAAGAGAGAAGAGUUCCCUUGGAAGGAAGGGUAGCACAGAGCGUGCUGACAUGCCACUUCCUCCUGUGGAAGACACAUACAGGGACAACAGUACUGGAGUCAAGCAGAGAGUAAACUUCCUGCACCAAACCACCUCUCUGUAUGAUAAUAAAUGUAGUGGACUGCAAUUAGGGGCUGACAGUUCAAGAAAAAAUGUGAAUGAUUUAGACUCUUGUAGCAAAGUGCUUUCAGAGUCUCAGAACAAAGCCUCUGAGGUAAGCACAGCUUCCAGUGCUGGUCCAUUACUUCAGCUAGACAAAGUGGUUAGCAGAGAUAUAGAUGAAUUAAAGAAUUCAGAAAUUAAAAAAGAGCAAAAUGCAGAGAGUACUCAGAUGGCUAAAGAUUAUAGUGGUUUGCAGGAAUCAGAGAAGCACAGUGAAGGCAGUCUGAACAGUAACUGUGAGGAUAAAGUCCUCAGGGUUACACCCGAUCAGAAGGUAACAGAGGGUGCAGAAGACGAGAACAAGCGUCUCUCUGACUGCACAAGAGACAAAGUCAAAGAUAUAGAAAAAAGGAAAAACAGACCUUCAGUUAAAAAUAAACUGGCAGCUGUUUACAAAACAAGUCGGAAAUUUUCAAGUAAAAAUUUACCUGCUAGACCACACGUAAGUAAUAUUUUUUCACAGAACAAUGGAAGUACUACUUUAGAGGUUGACGUGUCCCUUGACUCACCAGUUUCAACAGGCUCCCAUCAGCCAUGCCUGCAGUUGGACAGUGAAAAUCAGAAUCGCAGUCUGGACCCUGAUAAGCAUAUGCCAAGAACAAGAACAGCUGAGAAUAAGAAGACUGGAAAGCAGAAUGAUCCUUCUUUACUUGUUAAAAACACCAGUUGGAGGUCUUUUACAAGCUCAUACACCCAGAAGGAAGCCAUCAGUCCCAAAAAACCUACAGCAAAAGUGGAAAAUAGACCAAGUGUUAAAACCCAAUUACCAAAUAAAGCAGGAACCACAAGAAAUAAGAAUUCCCAAACACCUGAUCCCAGGUUAGAAAGCAAAAGCCAGCCCAUCUCUCCCAAUGCUACUACAGCAAACCCACUGGAUGAUGAGAAACAAAGAGCUAGCAGUCGUGCCUGCAGUCCUCCCGUGCCACUUCUUACUGACAAGAACUCAAACACGUGUGUGAAUAGCUGCUUGCUGGCAGACAUGUGUCCAGAGCAAAACCUGACUUCCAAGACAGUGCUUGGUCAGUGUCAAAAUAAUUCUCAGUCUGCCAGCUUAAAAAAUGCUAACUUGCAUAGCCAUCAGUUGCACAAGAGUCAUGCCAAACUGCGUGAGCGUCACCUUUCUGAGGGUGUUUGUGCUCGAGAUGCCAAUGAGACCUUUGCCUUGGGAAGCAAUUUUCUACCAAAAGAUGGUGUACACGGGAAGAGAUUUAAGUCCUACUCGGAGCUGCUGUCUUGUGAUGAGAAUGAAAACUGGGCAUCAGAUGAUGAAAAAUCUUACAGCACUAGAAAUCUGAUGUAUCCUUCUGUUGAAUUUGGCAUAUUUGGCAAAGAGCAACAGUUGGCUUUCCUGGAAAAUAUCAAGAGGUCACUCACAGAAGGGCGAUUAUGGAGACCUUGUCUUCUUAAUAACCCUGGUGCUCUCAGGGAUGGGGAAGCCCCUUCUAUAAACAGGGCUGAGCUUUUGAGCUCAAGUUCUGCUGGGAGCAAAAUGUCAUCGGCUGCUUCGUCCCCCCGAGAGCUGACUGACACCUAUGGGGAAGACCCAGCAGCUUAUUCGGACUCGGACAGCGAUACCACCACCGACGAUGAAUACUACCUAGAUGAGAUAGAUAAAGAAUCAGAGCUAUGA